AUGUCAGAUGUCAUCAUCCCCAACGGAUUAUAUCCGCCAUCCGUUCUGCCCCAGCCCAACUCGGACCGUCUACCUUCUGUACCUUCUCCUCCCAUUCGUGCUACUCAUUUGCAGCGCCAGGAGAAUCAGCUAUUCGAAGAAGACUCUGACGCCGAAAGCGAGGGAGACUCAUAUUGCCCCUCUGACACAUCCAAUUCUCCUGUCUGCCGUUCAGCUGAUCCAACUUCACCCCUAUUUCAGGCUCUGCCGCCGCCGACAUCUCGUCGUCGUAGACGCCACGAUGUCAAUCUUCCAACCCCCGUUCCCAAUCUGACAAAGAAGUCCCGCGGACGCAAGGUCCCAGUCUCUUCAGGGGAACCGGUCUACGCGCGCAGCAGGGACAAGUCGAAGAAGGGCACCAGGACAUAUACCUGCCACGUCGAUGGCUGCAGCAAGUGUUUUGUCAGGAGCGAGCACCUCAAAAGGCACAUCCGGUCCAUUCACACAAACGAUAAACCGUGGGUGUGCCCGAUCGGGGGGUGCGAAAGGGAAUUCAGCCGCCGUGACAACCUGAACCAGCACAUGCGCAUCCACAAGAGUCCUUAA